AUGGACUGGACUAUGACUCCGAAAGAUGUCUUUGGGGUCAUUGCCUGGACGUGGCGAGCCGGGCGCUACCUCGGCCUCCUCCUCUUCCUCCUCUCGUCCGUCCUCUUCGCUCCAGCGCAGCCAGACGUGCUGUUUCCUAGGGACCAGCAUUUCUCCUGGAAAACAGGUCAGUGGGGUCAGUGUGUGGGGAAGGAGUGCGGUUCUGGAGGGGUGCAGACGAGAACGGUGUGGUGCGUCCACGCGGAGGGCUGGACCACCCAUCACACCCACUGCCAGCACAUGGACAAGCCAGAAAGCCAGCGGCACUGCUUUAGGGUGUGCGACUGGCACCAGGACCUCUUUGAGUGGGACGUGUCUGAUUGGGGAAGCUGCGUACUUGUCCCCUUCUUCUCCAAUGAGCUCAAGCUGAGGACAGCUGAGUGUGUCACAGCGCAGCACGGCAUCCAGAGGCGCAAAGUGCACUGCGUUCGCACUUCAAACCGUACCGCGGUCACCUCAAGGAUAUGCGAGUUCUUUUCCCAGAAGCCGCCUGUGGAGCAGGCUUGCCUCAUCCCGUGCCCCCAGGACUGCGUGGUGUCAGACUUCACGUCCUGGUCGAGUUGCAGUAAAAGCUGCGGCAGCGGCCUACAGCAUCGGACUCGACACGUCCUGGCAACGCCGAUGUAUGGCGGGGUGAACUGUCCCAACCUGACCGAGACCAGGACUUGUUCUAGCCCAGUAGAGUGCCCCGCCGGGGAGGGCGAGCACCAGUACAGCCUUAAAGUUGGGUCCUGGAGCGAGUGCAGAUUACCCCAUAACAAGGAUGCGCUGCUAAACGGACGCACCACAGUGGACUUCAGCAGCACCUCCACCGAAAACAACACCGUCACAUUCCACACGCUGGCUUCGCACCACCACCCGCAUCACCACCAUCACGACCACCACCACCAUGCACAUAACAAGCACCCAAUGUCAUGGGAGCUGGAGGUGGGAUACCGGACACGACAGGUCCGGUGCACAAGAAGUGACGGCAAAAAUGCUAUGCUGAGCCUGUGCACCAAGGGCGACUCUCCCCUGACCUUCCAGGCAUGUGUGAUGCCCAAAGACUGCCAGGCGUCCCAUUGGUCAUCAUGGAGCUCCUGCUCAAAGACCUGCCGUUCCACCGACCUGGCUCCAGGCUACCGCCUGCGGUCACGGAUCAUGACGCAGGUCCCAGUGGGUGGGGGCAAACAGUGUCCUGCCCUUGAGGAAAAGGAGGCCUGCAACAUUAUAGGGGAUUUACUCCCAAACUGCCCCAGGUACAUGUGGCGGACCACUGACUGGGGCGAGUGCCGUGUCCUCCCUUUACUGAGCCAGCAGGACCAGCGGCUGGCCAACGUCAGUGUUCUGUGUGGAGGGGGGAUCCAGACCAGAAAGACCUACUGUGUUCAAGUUCCUGAUGACUCGACAACACGUCACAGGAAAGAAGUGUCCAGGCCCAUGAAUCCAAGACUGUGUGCCGGCGAAGAGCCUCCCUCAGCCGUCCAACACUGUUCCAUCCCCUGCCAGCCCCAUUGCCUGCUCUCACAGUGGUCAACCUGGGGUCCCUGUGUACAUGACAACUGCAGAGAGCCACAGGGGAAGAAAGGUUUCAGACAGAGGCGGAGGGAGGUGCUGUGGGAGUCCGGCAAUUUCACAGAGACGUGUCGUCACGUGGUGGAAUCCAUCCCCUGCGAGGAUCCCGCCUGCUACGUGUGGCAGGUCCAACAUGAAGGAACAUGCAUUCCCACUAAAGACGCCUGUGGCCCUGGAGCCGCCGUCCACAAUGUGACGUGCGUCAGCACUGAAGGCCUGGACGCGGCCGUGACCCACUGCGUGGACGAGCCUCCCCCCACGCCUGCGGCCUGUGAGGUGGCCUGUCCUGCAGACUGUGUGGUGGGCCCCUGGUCCUCCUGGUCGCCCUGCUCCCACAGCUGUGCCUCCAAGACGGCAGAGGGCCGGCAGAGCCGCACGCGCCUCGUGCUGGCCAUCCCAGGGAAAGAAGGGAAGGAAUGUCCAUCAGCUCCGGCCCUGGAGGAGUGGAGAGUCUGCAACGACCACCCCUGCACCGUGUUUUACUGGGACGUCUCAGCCUGGGGUCCCUGCGUUGAAGACACCUCUGCGGAUCUCAAUGGGACCGGACUGGGGAGCGGCAGCCCCAGCUGCUCCGUGGGUGUGCAGAUCCGCAAAGUGAGCUGCGUGAAGGCGAACGCUGGACCCGUUAUCAAUAAAAGGUGUUCGGAUUCCUCCCGUCCAGAAGCCGUUCGAACCUGUUUCCUUCCCUGCAAGAAGGACUGCCUUGUGACACCCUUCAGUGAAUGGACCGCCUGCCCGUCCACCUGUUUGCCAGAAAACGCAACGGCCCCCACACAGUCGCGGUACAGGACCAUCAUUCAAGGCUCUGCUAAUGGAGGUCAAGAGUGUCCUGACACACUGUAUGAGGAGAGAGACUGUGAAUCACUUCCAGUUUGUCCAGUCUAUAGGUGGAGAACACACAAGUGGCACAGCUGCACCGUGGUGCCAGACUCUGUUCGGCGUGGAUUGCCGGGGCACGGGGAGGCCUGUGGAAACGGUUUGGAAACGAGAGGUGUCAGCUGUGUUGGGGAAAGCGGCGAGGCGGCCAACAUGACAGAGUGCCUGCGAUGGGCUGGCCCCCUGCCUCCUCAGAUCAGAGAGUGUCGUCUGCCCUGCAAGGACGACUGCACCCUCACGGCGUGGUCCAAGUUCUCGGAGUGCGCCGGAUGUGGCAGCUCGCGGAGUCGCAAGCGCUCGCUCACAGGUCGCAGCAAAAAGAGGGAGCAUUGUCUGAACGAGAAGCUGUACCCGCUGGAGGAGGCGGAGGCCUGUCCCUGCCAUGAUUUCCUGUCGCAGCCGUUUGGGAACUGGUCGUCCUGCAUCCUCCCCGAGCGUUCCGCUCCAGGGUCGCUGCAGGGCUGGAUGAGCCACCGCGAGGUGAAAGAAUGUGGCCAAGGUCUGCGGUACCGAGCCGUGGCCUGUGUUGAUCAGCAGUCGCAUCUGGUCAACCCUGCGUCCUGCACAGAUUCAGGCUACAUGGUAGAGAUUUGCCACAUCCCUUGCCCCCUAGACUGUAAGCUCAGUGAAUGGUCGGCCUGGUCGGCCUGCAGCGCGUCCUGUGGCGGCGGCUUGAAGAUCAGGUCCAAGUGGCUGAGGGAGAAGGCGUUCAACGGGGGGCGGCCCUGCCCCAAGCUGGAUUUGAAGAACCAGGUGUACGAGGCCGCGCCGUGCUACAGCGAAUGCAGCCAGUACACGUGGAGGAUAGAGCCCUGGUCCAUUUGUACCAUCAACACUGUGGAUGACCUUCCAGCCUGCGGGGAGGGAGUCCAAAGCCGAAAGAUCAGGUGCAUAAAGAAGGAAACAACUAGUGUGGAGCCCAGCAGCGUGGAGGACAGUUUGUGUGACCAGGAGGAAAUGCCCCCUAGAGCCCAGGUCUGCUUCCUGGCCUGCCCCGGUGACUGCGUGGUGGGGCCCUGGGGAGCCUGGAGCAGCUGCCCUGCGCAAUGUGACCAUGGGACAUCGAGGAACAGGAGCAGACAGGUCCUCCGCCACCCAGCCGCAGAAAGCUCAGCCUGUCCAGAGCUGCUCCAGUCGGAGCCCUGUGUCCUCAACAGCACCUGCUUCACCUACGAGUACAGAAUGUCAGACUGGAGUACGUGUCAGCUCAGUGAAAACGCCAUCUGUGGUCAGGGCUCACGGCUGCGUCUCCUGGACUGCGUGCGCAGCGAUGGCAAGAUGGUGGCGUUGCAGAAGUGCGAGGAGCGCGGUCACGCCGGCGACCGGAGGCUGUCGGAGGGCUGCGUGGUGGACUGCCCCGUCAGCUGCCUGCUCUCCGAUUGGUCGCCGUGGGCAGAAUGCUCGCACACCUGCGGCAGCCAAGGCGCGUCGCUGCGCACCCGGAGGAUCCUGCAGGAGGCUCACGAGGAGGGUCGUCCCUGUCCCAGCCAGCUCGCGCAGACCAAGCCGUGUCCCAUAAGGCCUUGCUACACGUGGCUGCUGAGCGACUGGUCCCCAUGCACUGUGGAGGGUGCAGAGUGCGGGGAGGGGUUUCGUAGGAGGAACCUGUCCUGCGUCGUCCACUGGGGAGACUGGCCCGAAUCUCCUCCUCAGCCGGUGGAGGAGAAGCUUUGCGGGGACAAGCUGAGGCAACGCAUCCAGCAGGAGAUGGAACAGCCCUGCUUCGUCCCAUGCCCUGGGGACUGCCAUUUGACGGAGUGGUCGUCUUGGAGCGCCUGCCAGCUGACCUGCCUGGAGGGUCGAAGCUUCGAGACCAGCGGUCGCCAGGCGCGUUCCAGGGCUGUGAUCAUUCAGGUCAUGGAGAACCAGGGCUCCUGUCCGCAGCAAGUCUUCGAAACCCAGCGCUGUAAAGAGGGAAAAUGCCACAGUUACCAGUGGAGGACGGGCGGAUGGAGCAACAACCAGCGGGCCGUGUGGUGUCAGCGCUCAGACGGCGUCAACGUCACAGGGGGGUGUUUCCCGCAGAAGAGGCCGACCACGGUCCGACACUGCCAUCCUCCAUGCGCCAAGCCCUUCUCGCUCUGCACACCGAGCGGCGUGUGUGGGUGUGAGAAGGGCUACACCGAAGUGAUGACCACGCACGGCUUCUUGGACUACUGCACUCGAACCCCCGGGGUGGACAACAACAAGAAAGCUGAUGUGAAAACCAAUUGGGGCAGAUUAAAACCGGGGCCGUCUCCGGCCCAGGACCUCUUCAACGAGUGGACCCUGCGACCCGUUGGCCCAGAUGGAAGAGUGAAGCUGUGGGUUUACGCCGUGACCGCCGUCGGAUUCAUCUUAAUACUCUUCAUUAUUGCACUAUCGUUCCUGCUCUGGUAUGUACCACAUUACUCUUGUUUCAAAAACAAAAGCUGCUUUGUGAGUCUCGCCGUCACUGCGAACAAUGGAGCAACCUCUCAGGCAUCAGCUUUCCUCGGUCGCAUCCCUGUCUGGUAUGAGUUAUACUCACAAUAUUUUGUCUGCUGUGCUCUUGCUCUGCUAUCAGAUAAUGAAAUUCUUUGUAAAGGCUGGCAUCGUGUUGGGCUGCCCUGUGUUACUCCUGCCUCUGUUUUUUUUUCUUCUUCAUUUUCAGUAAACCAUCCAAAUCCACUAAGGCGUCGCCUCCACCGCAGAAACCCUUGACCCUGGCCUACGAUGGCGACAUCGAUAUGUAACCGUCGGCCACACCUCGCAGGUGCGCGCUCGGCCUCGGGGAGGUCCCCACUGCAUUCAGAUUGUUAGCAGACGCCCGUCGGACGCCACCCGUUGUUGACUGCUACUUGAGCAAGGGCGACUCUUUUGCCGCGGCGAUGGCGAAAUCGAACUGGAGCGAAACGACGACGCUGCUGAAGGGUGACGUAGCCCGGCCUUCGGCGGCCAGCGUCCCUCGACGGGGGAGAGGAAGCGGAGACCCGAGACGGAGAUGGAAAGAAAUCUGGAGAAUAUAUAUAGAAAAGGACCUCUAGUUUUUAAAACUGCUUGGAACAUGAACACACAGUUUGCAACCCACGAAUCAUGAUGUGUGUGUGUGUGUGUGUGUGUGUGUGUGUGUGUGUGUGUGUGUGUGUGUGUGUGUGUGUGUGUGUGUGUGAGAGCUUGUCAGGAAUCAGAAGGUCACCUGGUUAUUUGUCUGGUAUUUCUGUCAUGAGGGAGAUGGAACAACUUGAGUCAGCAGUCGCUCAUGAUAUUCAAAGGACAAAGGAUCGUUGACAUUUGACUUUGUCUCAUCAGUGCCGGAUCUUUGUAAAAGGAAAUGUCACGCGCCUUUCGGGUAAACAAACAGACCCCCUUUUUUUUAAUUUCUGACAAUAAACAAAAUGCUCUAUGCACUACGUUAGUGCUGAUUCACCUGUGCUUUGUUUGUUUCAAAUAACUUUUCUAGUGUUUUAAUUGUAAUGCAAGUUGUCGGAUUGUGUUGUCACGUCGUGUAUAUAUGGAGACCAAAAGCAAGCUUGCCUUGAGUUCAGUGAGUCAACAAUGCAGUAAUUAUUCCCUUCGCUGACGCUCACGGGAUGCGGAGCCUUUGAGGACAACGGCAGCAUUGUGUAGUGAAUAUUAACGCAGAUCUUUCGGUACCAGCAUGACGAAUAUUAUAGAUUGUGCAAAGUUUGUCAUGAUCACCAAAGCGAGCAGUGAUGGACAGGAUCACGCAGGAGUCUCUCCCAAGGACGUUGUAGUUGUUUUGCUUUUACUGUCCAUCAAACAGAAGGUCGUCAGGCCCUCAGCACAGCAACAGGCUGUUUCUUUUCAUAUAUGUACCUAUCUAAUUUUUUAUUAAUAGAAAAGGAAGCCUGCUUAUUAUUUGCCUUCACACUCACACUACAUAAAAGUCAUUCUGGAGUUUUUUUUGUCAGAGCAUCAUCCAAAGCAACUUCAUAGAUUCUUCUAAUUAGCAUAAUCCCUCUUCCUCAUGUCCCAUUAAGGUGGAAGCUCCUAAUAUUUGGCGGUUGCUUUUUUCUCUUUCUGCCUCCACGAAGAUUUGGUUUCGCGUGAUCUGAACUCCUUCUGAAUGUAUUUUAUCACUAACUCUAUGAUCCUAAUGGUUGGGCGAAUAUGGCUGUUAAGCGCUGCAACGGCCAUAUUUCAACAGCUGAUUGUACGUAGGCAUGCAUGAUCCGGUUUGGCAGAGAGUGCUCCAAGUGGCCUUGCACAGAUUCCUCUAAAGGAGUUGCCAACAUGUCAGAGCAGUUUCCUCUGGGCAAUGGUUUUCAGUUUUGGCCUUUGAAGGUACUAAAUUAUUAUUGUAAUAUUAAUAUUAUAUCUAUUUCCAAAUAAAGCGAAGAGCCGACCUUUUACCUGAUGUCCCAGAGGAAGGAUGUUCAUUCAUUGUUUGCGGUACCAUGCUAUUUGUGUUCAUGGUGUGUGUACAUGGAGAGCUGGACAAAAAUGCAAAUAAAUUGUGAAACAGUGUGAGAAUAAAA